UUUAAACCAGAACUACCAGACUGAAGAAAUGAAUCCAAAUACACCAAACUGGACUGAGCCUCAGAAGUCUUUUAUCCAAAUUAAGGAUAUUGAAGAAAGCAUUAAGAAAGAAUCGAACCUUUGUAACCAAUCUAGAGUAGAAGAGUCAUUAAAUACUCCCUUAGCUAUCGCUCAGACCUUGAAUCAGGGUAAUAAGAUCGAUCUGGCUACCCUCGAUUCGAGCCUUAGAGAAGCCCAGACUAGCCUCAAUCAACAGAUUAUCUUGAUAAAGGUUCUGGAGAAUGCCAAGGCCAAGAUGGUACAACAACAAAUUUCAAAAAUGACGCCCAACCCAGAUAUGUUCUCAUUGAUACCAAAAGGCAGCAAUAUUUUUGCUCCAAAACCAAUGCAUGCAAAAGUAGAAUUGGGUAGGAUAGGAAGAUCUAGAUCAAUGUAUGUUACCAAUAACCCAUUGAAGACCGAGUUAGAAACAGGGGAAAAGAGUGUUGCGUCCGAUAAACGUUCUGAAGAAGAAAACGAAAUCAGCGGAAAUAAGGAUCCGAGCGAGGCUGGUACAAACCGAAAGCGGAUGAAUGUAUUCAAAUGCCCUCAUAAAGAUAGAAAACACUAUGCUAAAAAUAUGUGUAACAACUGCUAUCAUAAGUUAGGGAGAAAUAAGUAAAGCUACUGCUUGUCCCCAUACAGAUAGACAAAACUAUGCUAAAGGAAAAUGUCAGAACUGUUACCUCAACGAUUACCACAAAAAUAAAAGGAAACAGAUAAAACAAGCUCUGCUUGCUGAAGAAGAAAAGAAAGGAAGGACUGUUUCGGUAGAAACUUCGAACUCUGAUGGUGUGAAAGCAGCUACAGCUCCAGUUGAAAACCCCACGUAGUCUAUUUCAGCUCGAAAACUAAAG